CCGAGAGUGAGAAACAAUCUGGUGGUUUAGGAAGAAAAAGAAGUCAUGCUAGCAUCUAUGAUGCUGAAAAUAAGAAUGGUUCGAGAAUGAAACAAAGUAGAAAAUAUGGCAGUAGUACUUUGUAUUUAAAAUUAACAAUGGAAGCACAAAGAAGUAGUGAAUUCACCUUUCCAAAAAAUGAACCUGGUAUUAAGGAGGAUAAGAGUAAUAAGAGUGGUGUUGAAGAGAGUGGGGAUGAUGAAGGUAAUAAUAAUGAAGGUGGUGAUAGUGGAAAUAAAGCUGAAGAAGAGGAAAAGGGUGAUGAUAAAAUAACAAAAAGAAGAAAAAGAUAA